ACAUAUUCGAUUGGAAAUUCGCAGAAAACUAUGAGAAAAACCUUUUACUUGUGAAAAAAUAUUUGUCUUACAACAACUUUAAUUUCUCAAAAUAACAGCUAUAAAUUCCAAACCAGAGUAUAUCAUCGUGCAAACGCAUUUUUUUCAACGUGUUUUUGUUUUGGCUUCGAGUCUGAUCGUGUUUCUUAUCUUUCUUUAUCUCUCUUUUAUCGACUAAUAACUAUAUCUUCAUCCACUUAUCUCAAAAGCAAAGCUUCAGAAAAUAUCACAGAACGCUUUGCUUGCUCUGCUUCUGAAUGCAGAAAAUGAAGACCCCGGGUCGUGAAAUUUUGGAUGCUGAUCCAAAGAGCAAAAAUUCAUUCCUCUGUGGCAUUGUCCCUACAGUUUCUUUACUUUGUGUUAUUUUGCUUUUCACGAGUUCAUUUUUUGCACAACACUACAAUGAGAAACUAUCAAGAUGGAGAAUGAACUUUCAGAAAUUAGGAAAUGAUAAUUGCAAGAAUCAGUGCAGGCCUAGUGGAAGUCAAGCAUUACCUGAAGGCAUAAUCUCCAAUACUUCCGAUUUGAAAAUGAGACAAUUGUGGGAUUCUCCUAUGACUAAGACAAUAGAUAAUAAGGAAAAUGCAUCAACCAAUUUGUUUGCAAUGGCAGUAGGAAUAAAGCAAAAAGAUCUAGUGAACAAAAUGGUCAAAAAGUUUCUAGUAAGUAAUUUUGUGGUGAUGCUUUUCCACUAUGAUGGCAUUGUUGACGAAUGGAAUGACUUUGAAUGGAGUAAUCAUGUUAUUCAUGUGUCUGUAGCCAAUCAAAGUAAAUGGUGGUUUGCCAAGCGUUUCUUACACCCUGACAUAGUUGCAGAAUAUGGUUAUAUUUUCCUUUGGGAUGAGGAUCUUGGAGUGGAACAUUUCCAUCCUGAUAAGUAUGUUUCUAUUAUAAAAAGUGAAGGGCUGGAGAUAUCACAACCAGCACUUGAUACUGAGAAAUCAGAGGUACAUCAUCAGAUAACCGCACGUGGGAGAAGGUCAAAAGUGCACAGAAGGACUUACAAAACUGGUGGUAGAGGUAAAGGGUGUGAUGAAAGUAGCACUGCUCCUCCUUGCACCGGGUGGGUUGAAAUGAUGGCUCCUGUUUUCUCAAGAGCUGCUUGGCGUUGUGUUUGGUAUAUGAUCCAGAAUGAUUUGAUCCAUGCAUGGGGUCUAGAUAUGCAACUUGGCUAUUGUGCUCAGGGCGAUCGAACAAAAAAUGUUGGUGUUGUGGAUGCUGAAUACAUAGUCCAUUAUGGUCAUCCUACUCUUGGAGGUUUAGAUGUGAAUGAGGUUUCAUCUCGGGCAAAGGAUCAUAGAGUUGAUGUGAGAAGACUUUCUUACCGCGAAUUACAAGUUUUUAGAAAACGAUGGCAAAAGGCAGUUGAGGAGGAUGAAUGUUGGAUUGAUCCAUUUCAAUAGCCACUUCAAGAAUUCAAGUUUUGUGUAAAGUUCAUAAAAAUACACACAAUUUUUUCAUUUAUGUAAAAAGAAGAAAAAUAAAUUGGCAUUUGGAGCAAGUGAUGAUCAUGGAGAGUGCAUGAAAUAGCCUAGAGAUUUUUUUUGAACAUCUCAAGGGCAACAUUAUUUCUUGGGGAGAAAUUCACCUUAAGUAAUGUGGGUGCAUUUCAUUUAACCUUUCCUAUUACUUUUUUUCUUUUACUUUAAUUUCCUAUUUUUCAUGUUCUUAUUCAAAAC